ACCCGCUCGCCGCUUGCCCGCGCAGACCCGCCCGCCCGGAGAGAACCAUGCCACGCUCCUUCCUGGUGAAGACGCACCCCAGCCACAGGGCCCCCGACUAUGGGCAGCUGGAGACGCAGAGAGGAGUCGGAGGUGCCUGUGCUGCCUGCGGGGGGAGGGUGGUGCCCCUCCCCCCGGACAAGGAGGCCCCUCCCGCACCCUGCGAGCUCCCCCGGCCCUGGGACCGCCCGGCCACCGUUGCCCGCGUCUCCCUGCCAGUCCUGCCGCGGCACGAGGGUGCUCUGGGGGCCUCUGGGCCGGCCCCCCUGGAAAUCAGCCGGGUGGACCCUCGGGCUGGCCGGGCCCCCAGCGUACCCCUCAAAGACAGCCCGAACCACCUCAACCUGCCCCCGCUGCUGGCGCUGCCCACGCGGUGGCCCCCGCUCCUGGGCCCGGACGGGGACGGGGCUCCCCAGAAACUGCCUGGGGCUGAGCGGACGACACCCCGAGCCCCGGGCGGCUUCGAGUGCUCCGACUGCCGCAGGCCGUACCACACGCCGGCCGGGCUGGCCAGGCACCGGCAGCUGCAUUGCCACCUGCAGGCCGGGCGCAUCUUCGGCUGCAAGCACUGCGACAAGGAGUACGCCAGCCUGGGCGCCCUCAAGAUGCACAUCCGCACGCACACGCUGCCCUGCGUGUGCAAGAUCUGCGGCAAGGCCUUCUCCAGGCCCUGGCUGCUGCAGGGCCACACCCGGACGCACACAGGCGAGAAGCCCUACGCCUGCCCGCACUGCAGCAGGGCCUUCGCCGACCGCUCCAACCUGCGGGCGCACCUGCAGACACACUCGGACACCAAGAAGUACCAGUGCCAGGGCUGCGCCAGGACCUUCUCCCGCAUGUCGCUCCUGCUGCGGCACGGCGAGUCCGGCUGCUGCCCCGGCCCCUGAGACGCGGCGUGGCUGGUGCAGGUAGGACGGAGGGGACCUCCCCCCAGGAGCCAGAGGCUAGGGUCCCUGCGUGGCCUGGUGCGCCCAGAGGAGCCGGGGGUCCCGGGAUGGACGGGCCCAGCCUCAUGCUUGGUGCCUCUCCCCCUCCCGUGUCCUUCAGAACGAGAGAAGUCCCUCGGACCCGUCAGGACGGGGGGCUCGCACGCAGACUCCCGCCCGCUGAGCCGGUUUUGGAGGAGACUCUGCUCAAAACGAGAACGGAGUUCCGUCUCGACCCGGUCUGGUGCCUGGUUCUCUUCUCCUGAGAGUCGGAGACUGCGGCAGGCAGGACGGUCACCGGCGCUGGAUGUUCCCUGCCCCCGAGCCGACUCCCGGCCACCUGCCCCAUCGCACCUGGAGAUGGACACUGCGACGCGUGGGGAGCGUGUCCGUGCGCUCUGUGCCCAGACGCACAACUACCUCUCGGCCAGCCUGCACCUGCCGCGGCGCAGGGUCUGGGACACGCUGUGUCACGCGUGUGUGCUCCCUUCGCUGGACUCCCCCCACCAAGGGACGGGACGGGGAGAGCCGGCAGCCGGGGCAUGAGGCCAGGCCGAGCCAGAUUCGAGGCUCCCGCAGUGA